CAAAAAAGCUUGUUUGCUUCUGACACCGUGGGUCCGCUCAGAUAUCAAUGCAAAGUGCUUUAUCUUUUUUUUUUGUCUGCUUUUGAUUUCACUCACGAGGAAUGUAUUAGCAGGAACCGUGCCUGCCUAAAAGACAACAAAAAAAAAUUGGCUUUUUUUUUCCAAUCAAAAGGCUGACUUCUAAACAAUACGUUUGACCGCUCAGCUUUUCGUGUCGUGUUUCCUCAGUUCUUUCGCUGUGUAGCUUUGUUUUUUUUUUUUUUAUACCAGCUGUCAAAUCCUACUUUGCACAUGACAAAUAUUUCGCAGACACCUGAGAUUCAGCAGCUACAGCAGUAUAUUCUCAAUAUGCUGGCUCCUGUCAAAGGAGCGGAUGGCUUACCGAUCAAUGUCGCCAGUAUCAUGAAUGAAUACCUGCAAGCAUUUGGUGACCCAGAAACUGUCAGUCAGUUUGGUAUUUUAUCAGCCUCAAACAAGCAGCAAUACGAAUUUUUUGGCGAAGAAGCCCUGAGAUUCUCCACGGCGACCUACGUUCGCAACCGAUUCAUGAGCUUGGAAACCGAUAUACUUAAAAAGAUGACAGAUCUCAUGAUGAAGCGUCACGUUCUCAUUAAAAGAAUGUGUAAAAAGCUUGAAAUGUCGCAGUAUAUUUUGGGAGACAAUCCAAGGAGAACCGAAGUUGAAACUAUGCUUGCUAUAUUGGGGAUUACCCAAGCAUAUUUCGGUUGCACAGCUGUCAAUGCAUUUAUGGCUCCAUUGUUUGACGAGUUCUGUUAUGAAUUAUUUCUGCCGCUUCCCAAAGUAUUGCGUACGUCUAUUGGACUUGAACCAUCGGCAAUUUCCACAUUGGGUCCUAGUUACGCAUUCCAAAAUUUCAUCAAGACCACAGAUGGCCGAAUAGAAUUUUCAUACCACUCCACCACAGAUAACCCCGCUGCAUACGAAAACGCAUGGAGUUGCACCGUUCGAUACUCUCUCACGUCAAACUCGCAAUGGUACUCUCAUACCCGAGCAGCCAAAAACAAGAAAAAAGCACGAACUGCCAUCUCCGCGGAUAUAAUGCAAUUUUACGAGAAACAACCCCACCUGAGAAACGAACAUAAAACGCCGACCAACGAGCCUUCAACCACCAUCCCGUUACCAAUCGAUCCCAGCGACUAUUAUCAAGUACCAUCCACUACAGCCGUGUCUAAUCCCAAUCCUGCGAAAAACAUGGAUGAACUGAUGCGAUCGGCCAGUUCUUCGCACGUUUUCAUUCCGGAAAAGCGCCGUGAAUACGAUAUGGAGAUGUCCUCCGCCGAAGAAAACGAACUUAUCAAUGCCUUACUAGGCAACUUUGCCCGCAUGCAUACAGACGAUGACGAGUCGGACUCUUCCAGCUCAGCGAAACGAAUCAAGACCGGGGAAGAAGCUUAUGAUACGCCGCAAUCGCUACAGUCAGAGGAGCCCAACAAAUCGAGAGAAAGUGACAUGUGCUCUUUACCAUCUCCCAUCACGCCAGUUCCAGAAGACGAUUUGGUGGAAGCGAAUCCUGGCGGAAAAGACCGUAUCCGAAAGCUCUUCAGGGGUGUUGCUAAUGUCAAGCUCGUUGCCACCGAUCCACAACAACGCCGAAUGCCCAAAUCCGCUUUGCUAGCUCUACUUCAAAAAACCAACGGCAUAAAAUUCAUCACCAUUUUUAACGAAAGCGGGCCCGCUCACUGCCGAAUCUUUCAGGCUACGAGUACCCUAAUCGCAGGAGAUGACUAUUUGCAAGUAAAACGCGCCAGCAGGAAGAAAACCGAUUCAGAAUCACAGGCUACGUUGGCCAUCUUGGAUAUUCUGGCAGCUGAUUCAUGAUCUUCUAUUGUGGAGGACAUUUUUUUUCUCCCCUGAAGCGUGAAAAUCUAGAAUUCGCGCAUCCAUUAACCUUUACUACGUUUUUAACCCUCGAAUUGUAUAAUUGGCCUAUGCGGAUUCACAGCAGCACUUGCAAUUUAUAGAAGAUCCUAUCCCUAUCCUCGCUACUUUUAUCAAAAUCAGCCUUCCGUACCUGAAAUUUGGUUUUAUUUUUACCAGAUAGCCAUAUGAAGAUCUUUCAAUUAAGUCUAAAAAAGCGCAACCAGUAAAGCAUAUCGUACAUUUCAACCUGCAAAUCAAAUGAUUUAAUCAUGGGA